GGAAGUUUCUGCAGCUACUGUGUAUAAACUUCCUGGCUGCACUGUGAUGGCGGAGGAAACAGUGAAAUUCAGUGCACAGCCUGUGCAAGACAACGCUGUAGAUGAUGCGUACCCUAAUAUACAGGAACUUCAGACUCUUUUAGACAGCUGCCGUACCUUUUCCCAUCAUGUGGAUGAAGUGUGGCCCAACCUGUACUUAGGAGACCUUGUUUUUGCUAAUAACAGGUACGAGCUGUGGAAGCUGGGGAUCACGCAUGUGCUGAAUGCUGCCCAUGGAACAUGGACCUCACAGGGCAACUCUGAUUUUUAUGGUGCCACCAUAACAUAUCAUGGAAUCCCUGCCAACGAUUUGCCAGACUUUGAUAUGAGCAAAUAUUUCUACUCUGCUUCAGAAUUUAUACAUAAGGCUCUGAACAUUGAUGGAGCCAGGCUACUGGUGCACUGUGUUGUUGGGAUCAGCAGAUCUGCCACGUUGGUCCUUGCCUACCUAAUGAUCCAUCAGCACCUGUCUCUGAAGGAGGCCAUUCAAAAGGUACAGGAAAAGAGGUGGAUCUCCCCCAAUGCAGGCUUCUUACGGCAGCUACUAAACCUGGACAAAGAGUUAAAACAUGGCAAUGGGCAGUGUGGGGAACCUAAAAUGAAGAGACUGUGCCGAGACCCCUCUACUGUACAUGAGUUGGAGGCAUUACUGGAAAAUUAUACAGGAGAUGUGCACCAUGUGGACCAGGUGUUCCCCAAUCUUUACUUGGGUGAUAUUGUAAUUGCUAGUGACAAGAAUAAGCUAAAGAAGAUUGGUAUCACCCACAUCCUGAAUGCAGCCCAUUCUUCCUGGGAGUGCAAAGAUAACAUUGAGUAUGGUCCUGAUAUAGAAUAUUAUGGUAUCACUGCUGAAGAUUGUCCGGAUUUUGAUAUUAGUGUUUAUCUGCGUCCAGGAGCUGAGUUUAUUAACAAAGCUCUGAAUACACCUAAUGGAAAAGUUCUUGUUCACUGUGUCCUGGGCAAAAGUCGAUCUGCCACCUUGGUACUAGCUUACCUAAUGAUUUACCAGCACUUUUCUCUCCCAGAAGCCAUCCGCCAUGUUUCUAAUCAUCGAUGCAUCGCUCCCAAUCGAGGUUUCCUUGAACAGCUGCAACAACUAGAGAGGCAACUGAAGAGAAGAAUACUGGGGUGUUGGGUUAUCUGACUAUUUGACCACAAGGGAAAGAUUAAUAGAAAUAGGAACAUAGGAGUCUUUUCUAGCUAAUACACACCUACAUCCUCACAGUAGUUUUUUGAGCUAUAUAUAACAGUAGUAAAAAUAUUUACCUCAGGCAAGAGAAGACACAGCUGAGUAGAUCUGCUUGAAGUUUACCAGGUAGUUAGGCCUAAAUGUUCAUUGUCUUAUGAAAAAAAAGAUUUACUCUCAAAAUAAUGCUGAAAUAAUGGCAUGUGAUAUUUCAUAGACCUAACAAUACUGUAUGUACUAGAUUAAAAAGCUGAUCGAAUCCAUUGGUUGCCAAAGAGGGUUACAGUACUAUACAUGGCACUACACAUGAUAGUACACUCUGAUCAAAUAGAAUUACCCAUCAUAGCAAAUUCUGUGUAUUUAAAUGGCAUUUAAAACAGCUUGUAAACAAAUAAUGCUAUUUGGAUGCUGCAAUAAUUUCCAUGCUCUGUUUUGUAUGUCUACACAGUAAUAGGACACCCUGCUAAAAAAUAACUGUCAACUGUCGCUAUUUUCCUGGGGCAGUCCCAGUUUUUGUUUUCCUGUCCGCUGGUAAAAUUGUCACUUGAUUCUGCCCUACAUUGUAAGAAUCACCCCGAGGUGUUACCACAGCAUAGAUGUCAGACUGGAGGAAUCAGACAUAGUCUUUGUUGAGCAUAUGUAUAUAUUUGUUUGCAUAUUGUGGCAUCUUAGUCUCCUACUCUCUGCUACAGAACCACUAAAUAAUAAAUACAUAUAUAUAUAUAUAUAUAUAUAUAUAUAUAUAUAUAUAUAUAUAUAUGUAUAUAUUAGUGAACUGGCACAUAUUAAUCUCCUACAGUUUACAAAUUAGGUUGAAUAUUAAAAAUAUAUAUAUAUUUUAUGUAUAUUGAGCUAGAUUACAAGUAGAGCAUAAAAAUAUUAGUACUAUAUGUUAACUGUAAAUAUUAGUACUGUAUGUUAACAUCGCUCAAGUUAAAUAAAUAGCACUUUUAUUUUUGCACUCAUAUUAAAAGUUGAAACUAAUAUACAGGUAGAAAACUCUUUAUCGAAACUGCUUGGGACUGGAAAAGGUUUGAGAUUCGAAAUAUUUUGGAUUUUGGAAUAUUUGCAUCUUUAAAAUUGGACAGUUGGGAGAGGGGAUGGGACCAAAUGUAAACAGCAAUAUCUUAUGUAAUUUAGACAAUGUUUACAUGUCAUAAUACAACUUAUACAUGCAACUAAA